AUGGCUUUUCCUAGAACCCAAAAGUCCAAACCAGGACCCAGUUCCCCAAUCAUCUUCCUUGUCAUCUCCAUAGCUGCCAUUGCACUCCUCUUUCUCGCUUCCUCUCUCAUUUCCACUAGUGGGUUCUCUUUAUCCUCUCCGAAAACCCUCGAAAGCAGACCCAAAAUAAAGAACAUGAACCAGAACCGCCAAACUGGCCACGAGAAGUACCUCUACUGGGGUGACAGAGUUGAUUGCCAUGGAAAGCACUACAGUUCCUGUGCGGGUACGGGCCACCAGGAGUCCAGCCUCAGGUGUGCUCUUGAAGAGGCUAUGUUCCUGCAGAGGUACAUUCCAACUUUUUAA